AUGAGACCACUUCCAUCUGUAGAAAUAAGGAAUGAACAUUUUGAAGUUAACUAUAUUGACUUGGAGGAGGCAGAUCCAGAUGAUUGGAGAGUCCCCAUCAUUAAGUUCCUGAUGAAUCUAAGCACAAAUGCAAAUGGACAAGCAGAGGCGUCUAACAAGGUCAUCAUUAGCAUAAUUGAGAAGAUGAUUGAGAAGUAUCCAUGGCAGUGGCAUAACCUUUUGUCAGAAGCAUUGUGUGCAUAUAAAAAUUCAAAAAGAUCAAGUACCAAAGUUACUCCUUAUAUGUUAACAUACGGUCACGAUGCAGUACUUCCAAUGGAAAUGACAGUGAAGUCAGCAAGAGUAGCUUUUAAGAAUAAGCUAACUCCAACUGAAUAUACUCAAGCCAUGCUAGUAGAGUUAGAAGACCUUGAUGAGGUACGAUUGAGUGCUUUAGACUAUGUCAUUGCAAAAAAGAAAAAGGUAAUAUGA